CUCUGGGCAAGUGUCCCGAAGAAGAGUUCGAAACAAGCCUGGCCCCGCACCUGUUCAAACCUUCAGGGAGCGUGCGCGGGCACGCCAAACUGUUGGAAAGCACAAAGCGCGCCGGGGCCGUGGACUCGCAGUGCGGCGGCGGAGGAGAGGAGGGGCUCGGGGCAUCCCAGCUGCCCCGAGCUGCCCUAGCCCUUUAGUCCUCAGUGCGGGGCAAGGCUUCUCUGUCUACUUCCUUCCACGUAGCCCGGAACGCGUGAGGAGGGGACCCGUACACCAUGCAGGAUCCUAAUGAAGAUACUGAGUGGAAUGAUAUAUUAAGAGAUUUUGGAAUUCUUCCUCCAAAAGAAGAAAAAAAGGAUGAGACCGAAGAAAUGGUUUUACGUUUACAGAAAGAAGCAGCAGCUAAAUCAUAUGAAAAAAUGACUCUUGCCCAAUUGAAGGAAGCUGAAGAUGAUUUUGAUGAUGAAGAUAUGAGGGCUAUGGAAACAUAUAGACAAAAGCGUUUGCAGGAAUGGAAAGCUCUUCAGAAAACAAAGAAAUUUGGAGAACUAAGAGAAAUUUCUGGCGACCAAUAUGUGAAAGAAGUUACAAAUGCAGAAAAAGAUGUCUGGGUUAUAAUCCACUUAUAUAGAUCAAGCAUCCAAAUGUGUUUACUACUUAAUCAACAUCUGAGUAUUCUAGCAAGAAAGUUUCCAGAAACCAAAUUUGUUAAGGCUGUUGUGAAUAGCUGUAUUCAGCACUACCAUGACAGUUGUUUACCCACAGUUUUUGUGUAUAAAAAUGGUCAGAUAGAAGGAAAAUUCAUCGGAAUUAUUGAAUGUGGAGGAAUAAAUCUGAAGUUAGAAGAACUUGAAUGGAAACUAGCAGAAGUUGGAGCCAUACAAACAGACUUGGAAGAAAAUCCUAAAAAAGAGAUUGUAGACAUGAUGGCAUCUUCCAUUAGAAACACUUCUAUUUAUGAUGAUAGUAAUAGUUCAAGCAGUGACAGUGAUGAGACUAAAUGUCCUUAGAAUUAUUUAAUAAAUGGCUUUCCACUAUUUGUUUUGCCCAAUUAUGUUUAUUAUUGCCU